CUCCGUAUCAGACAUCCACGGAGGUAGACCGAAGUGUUCCAUUUGGUGUACCAAUUCGCAACUAGGAUUUUUUCAGAAAUGGCCCUAGAGACACCGUCCUGGCUGGAUCCCUUCUUCACCGAGAGGAUACUGCGUCUGGCGGAGGACGACAAUACCUUGAAGGUGAUCGAUAUAUUUGUGAAACCGGCGACCGCCAAGGGUGACAACUACACCAGCGACAUGAUGAGGGUGGUCGUCGAGUUCACGCGGACGGUGGGCGACAAAAAGGUCAAUGACAAGAAACCGCUAAUCUUCAAGUUCGAGCCGAUCGCCGAGGGGCGGCGCAGAGAUUUGAUCGAGAAGACACAAAUAUUCGACACGGAGAUCGCCAUGAUGUCGGACGCACUUAAGAAGAUGACUAACUUGAUAGGAACACGACUCGGCGCCCAAGUCUACCACAUACGGAUGGAACGACCACUGUGUUUAAUAAUGGAGGACCUGGCGCCUCUUGGAUUUCGCAUGGCUGAUCGUCAAAUCGGUCUUGACCUACCACAUUGUCGGCUGGUCAUGCAGGGACUGGCCAGAUUUCACGCAGCCUCGGUAGCUCUGUGCGAAAAGGAACCGAAACACAAAGCAAUAUACAGGAGGGGCAUAUUUAACGAUGACGAACCAUCAGAUUUAAUUGUCUUCUUUAAGAACGGGUGCAUAACGUUGGCAAAUGAGGUUCAAUCGUGGUCAGAACUUGGUAAAAAAUACGCGGAUAAAAUCAGGGGGCUUGCCGACAAAUUACACCCCAUGUGCGUAAAGUUGUUGAAGCGAAGGGAUGAUGAAUUCAACGUGAUCAAUCACGGUGAUUGUUGGGUGAACAACAUGAUGUUCCGAUACGAUGAAAACUCGAAACCUAUUGAGCACGUUUUCGUGGACUUUCAACUCUGCGUCUACAAUUCGCCUGUGCUCGACCUGAUAUACUUCAUCACGACCAGUAUGUUCUCGAUCGAAGACGAUAUCGAUAUGGAACGUUUGCUACUCGAGUACGUGGAAUUGUUGACGCACCACAUGGCACAGUUAAACUGUAAGACAGCACCUCCAACAUUGGACGAGAUCAAACAGUGCAAGAAGAAUCGCGAGUUUCUCGGUCUGAUAUACGCGAUGACAGCGUUACCGAUCAUGUUGGUGGACAAGAGCGAGGCGAAGGAUAUCGACGAGAUGAUUCCAAAGGACGGUGAAGCCGCGAAUCAUACCUACAAAAAUUCCCUGUACAAACAGGUAAUGAUCAAGAGAUUACCAAAGUACGACGAGAUGGGCUUGUUAGAUAUUUAGACACACUGCGUGUGUCCGACGAUCUACGGUAAAUCAUC